AUGGUGCACUGCACAUUGAUCUUUCUUCUUCUAUAUGCAUGCGCCGCUGGGUUCGAGAUCGACUACAGCCACUGGGUGGACGAGCAGAAGAGGCACACGGCGGAGCUGACGUCGGUGCUCCAGGGGCAGCAGACAUCGGAGCUGGAGCUCCGCCUGCUGGUGGAGACGGGGCUCAGCAACUACGAGCGCCUGUUCAGGAUCAAGGCGGCGGCGGCCAACGCAGACGUGUUCUACGUCAUGUCGGGCUUGUGGAAGACCCCCGCCGAGAGGUUCUUCCUCUGGAUCGGCGGGUUCCGGCCGUCGGAUGUCCUCAAGGAUGUAAGCAAUCUCAUGCACCUGUUGUUGCUCGCAAGGUUCAUCCCUCACAAGUACAAGAUCAAAGACUCGAAAGCUUAGGAGUGGUGGGGAGUUGACUAUGAGAUAAAGAAUCAUGCGAUCCACAUUUCCCUACAUGGUGGAGGAUACAGAGCACUCGUUCCAGAGUAUAAUCUUGUCUUGUGUUGCCACCUAUUUAUCACUUGAGCAUAUACAAUGAAUGUUUCUUAAGAUGUCAAUAUUUGCUUAUAAUAUAGUGACUUCCCAGUA